GUCUUUGUAAGCUAUUUCCCAGCAGCUUCAAACGGUCAAAUAUUAGAAUUUGUUUUUCGUCUGUCGCCCGCCAUCAUCAUCUUCUACCAAACAGAAUCAAAACUAUAUUUCCAUUUACUUAAUACAAAAGUCUUAGUCAAAUGUCUUCUCGUGCUUCAUAAUCGAAGCAAACAAAAUAAAUAUAAUCACUUUGCAUUUAAUAUUGUAAUAUUUAAUUCUUCAAUUCCUUAGUUUCUGUUAUUAUUACUUAUCAUCUUCUUCUUUUCUUCUUUGACAAAAAAAAAAAAAAACACAUAAAUGGAUACUCAUCUGUUCUUGCCAUCCCAUGUACACUCCAUGAUCACCCUCUUCUUUCUCUUACUUUUUGUUUCAUCAUCUUACUGUGAAGAUGAUAAGCACUAUACAGAGUGCAGGAAAACCUUUUCAUGUGGAAAUUUACAUGGUCUUUAUUAUCCUUUUUGGAGCGAUGAAAGGUCUAAAAUAUGUGGUGACCAAAGGUUUAAGCUCCGCUGCGAAGAAGAUCAAUUUCCUGUUCUAAGUAUCACAAAUCAAGAUUUUCGGUUACUGUCCGUUGAUGACUUCGGACGAAUAACGAUUACAAUCGUUCGAAUGGAUUUAUUUGAAAGUAUUUGUCCGGUGAAUAUCGCUGAAAUUCGUCCGAUUACUAUCGACAAUGCUCUCUUUUUAGAUGAACAGGAGGUUCAAAACGUUACUCUAUUCUACAAUUGCUCAGCGGAAAAACCUCCUUUUCCAAACUACAGAUUUUCAUGUGAUGUAAAUGGAGAAGAAAGGCCUGCAUAUUAUGCGACUGGUGAGUGGGAGAUAGACCACCUUUCCAACUAUUGUAACAUCGAAUUGCAGGUCCCGAUUUCUGCAUAUCGUAUCGAAAUUAUUUGGAACGGGCUUCGAAAUUUUGAGAGAGUUUUGAAAGCUGGAUUUAAUGUUGUCUACAAGCCCGAUGAAAUGUGCGAGAGAUGUAGCGAUUCAAGUGGGAUUUGUGGUACCAACUCCACUACUUCCAGAUUCACCUGCCUUUGCCAUGAUCGUCCUUAUCCUAUGAAUUGUCCUAACGUUGAUAGUUCAAAGGUGGGACUAAAAGUCGGUAUUGGUAUUGUGGCAGUCGUUGUGGUACUUGGAAUUUUAGUCACUUGCGGUAGCCUCAUUUAUCGUUGGAAAAAGAUUCCAACGGUUUUCCUACGGAAUAUUAACCAAGAUUUUGAGGCCUUUCUAGAAAUUCCAACGGUUUUCCGACGGAAUAAUAACCAAGAGUUUGAGGCCUUUCUAGAAAAUCAUGGGCCUCCAUCUGUGAAAAGAUACAGCUUCUCAGAAGUGAAGAAAAUGACCAAUUUUUUCAAAGAUAAACUUGGCCAAGGAGGCUGUGGAAUUGUGUACAAGGGCAAGCUAAAAGACGGACAUUUUGUAGCGGCAAAGGUCUUGAAUGCUUCUAAAGGAGAAGGAGAAGAAUUCAUCAAUGAAGUUGCAGCCAUUAGUAGAACUUCUCAUAUUAAUAUUGUCACUCUUUUAGGGUUUUGCCUCGAGGGUCAAAAACGAGCUUUAAUUUAUGAAUUCAUGUCUAAUGGGUCUCUUGAAAAUUUCAUAUGCUCGCAAGACGUCGAAACAGUUCGUUAUUUAGGAUGGAAAAUUAUGCACAAAAUAGCAAUUGGAAUAGCUCGUGGACUAGAAUAUUUACAUCACGGGUGUAAUACAAGGAUUGUGCAUUUCGAUAUUAAGCCUUCCAAUAUACUCCUCGAUGAAAAUUUUUGUCCAAGAAUUUCAGAUUUUGGGCUUGCAAAACUAUAUAAUAAAAAAGAGAGCAUCCUAAGAAUGUUAGAGAUUAGAGGGACUAUUGGGUACAUAGCACCGGAGGUUUUCAACAAAAAUUUCGGCAAAGCUUCACAUAUGUCCGAUGUUUAUAGUUAUGGGAUGAUGGUUUUAGAAAUAGUUGGAGGAAGAGAGAAAGGUGAGGUUCAGACAAAUGAUACUAGUAGUGAGAGAUACUUUCCAUAUUGGAUCUAUAAGCGACUUGAGGUAGGAAAUGAAAGUGAAUUUUACGGAGGGAUUUCUAUGGAAGAGACUGAAAUUGUGAGGAAAAUGACAUUGGUUGGGUUAUGGUGCAUACAGACAAAUCCAUCUGAUAGACCAUCAAUGAGUAAGGUUAUAGAAAUGUUACAGGGAAACAUAGAAAACCUAAAAAUCCCACCAAUGCCUAUCCUAUCUUCUCCUCCAAAUUCUCCUCCAUUCUGUUCUUUUACCUCAUCAACAGCAUAA